GAUGGAAUCUGCAGAGUUGCAAUGAUGGUUGUUCUUCAUUUGACACAUGCGAUCGACUGACGGGUGCAAUAAAGUUAGAAAAGGAUUGCAAAUUAGCUCAAUUUUCCUAGUCAAAUAUAGGUAAAAAAAAAAAAGUUCCUUCAAAGCGGUAAGACUUGAAGAAACUACAAUCUGACACGUGACAAUUCAAAUAAUUUAUUUGCAAAUUUUGUUUCUAGGUUGCCGUGAUUGUACCGGACAUCUAAUAUAAGAAGGCCUCAAGUUUUUUUGUUCUGCAUGUAUAACCAAACUUCUCAUUUGUCUCCCUCCGAAAUGAAGCCUCAUGUGAUGAAUUUAGGCCUUUUCUUGUUUUUUCUCUCGUAUGCCAUCUUUGCCUCAAUCCUCAGAUUGUCGCAUUCACGGCAUGCUUCUGCAGCCAUAAUUGGAAACGAAACAGACAAACUUGCGUUGCUCGAGUUCAAGUCCAGAGUAACUGUGGAUCCAACUGGAGUCCUGGGCUCAUGGAACGACUCGCUCCCUUUCUGCAUGUGGAUUGGAGUCACAUGUGGCCUAAAGCACGAAAGGGUCACCGUUUUGGAUAUUGAAGGGAGGAAGUUGGUUGGAACCAUACCACCCAGUAUAGGAAAUCUAUCUUUCCUUCGAAUCCUCAACUUCGGUGGAAAUUUCUUCUCCAGUGGCAUUCCCCCAGAAUUAGGUCACUUGCGCAGGCUUCAAACUUUGAACCUGAGCAACAAUUAUCUCGGAGGCUAUAUUCCUGUCAAUCUGUCUCGGUGUUCUAAUCUCAUAGAUCUUGAGCUGGAGCAGAACUAUCUUGAAGGUGAAAUUCCUUCUGAAAUCGGGUCAUUGUCUGAACUUGUAUAUCUUUAUCUGGGAAACAACAACCUCACUGGAAGGUUCCCAAGUUCUCUUGGAUAUCUUUCGUCACUUCAACAGCUCAGUUUAGCAUACAACAGUUUGGAGGGGGAUAUUCCAGAUGCAGUAUCCCAAAUGAGAAGUUUGAUUAUAUUCGAGGUGGGAGCGAACCAAUUUUUGGGUUCAUUUCCUGCUUCACUCUACAACUUGUCGUCACUCAGUAUCAUAUCUUUGGCUAUAAACAACUUCUCUGGCGGUCUCAGGACCAACAUAGGCCUUGCAUUUCCAAACCUUCAGGUGCUUGCUUUGGCGCAAAAUUGGUUUAAUGGUCGUAUUGGGAGUUCUCUGUCAAAUGCUUCAUAUCUUGAAGUACUCAACUUGACUUUUAAUAAUUUCACUGGUACCAUACCUUUCAGUUUGGGAAACCUGAAGAGUUUAUGAGGCUCAAUGUUCCUGGUAACAUUCUUGGAACUCGUGGUGUUGAUGAUUUGAGUUUCCUCACAACUUUGGCAAAUUGCAGCAAGCUACAAUUUUUGGACUUCAGUAGAAACCAGUUUGGAGGUCAAUUAACAACUUCGAUUGUGAAUCUGUCAACACAGUUGACAUGGUUAGAUAUAGGAGACAACUACAUUCACGGAAGCAUUCCUCCAGAGAUAGCAAGCCUAAUCAAUUUGGAUGUCGUGGGCCUGGGAGAAAAUAUCUUAACAGGCACAAUUCCAGCUUCAUUUGGGAAACUUCCAAAGCUGCAAGAACUUUAUUUGGAAAUUUUUUUUCUUACAGGGGAGAUUCCCUCUUCCCUUGGAAAUAUCACCCUACUAUUAGAUUUCGGAGCGCAAACAACACCUUAGAGGGAAGCAUACCUUCAAGUUUUGGAAACUGUAAAAAUCUCCUGUACUUAGACCUUUCCAAUAAUAAACUCACUGGUACCAUACCCGCCCAACUUCUUGGUCUUUCUUCCCUCUCUAUAGGUGUUAACUUGUCUUACAACUCCUUGACUGGCUCCUUACCGGUGGAAGUUGGAAAUUUGGGAGUUCUUACUGCACUUGAUGUUUCUUACAACACAUUGUCUGGAGAGGUUCCUAGUGAGCUAGGGUCCUGUUUGGCCUUGCAACAACUCUACAUGCAGGGCAACUUGUUUCAAGGAACCAUUCCUUACAUAGGUAAUUUGAGUAGCCUUCAAUGUCUAGAUCUUUCCAACAACAGCUUGGAUGGUCAAAUUCCACCAUACCUGGUCAAUAUUUCCUCUUUACUGAAUUUGAAUCUUUCGUACAACAAUCUUGAGGGUGAGGUUCCAGCAGGAGGAGUGUUCACAAAUGCUAGUGCCAUUGAACUCUAUGGCAACAAGAAUCUCUGUGGGGGAAUUCCAGAGCAGCAUUUUCAACCAUGCCCUACCGGGCCUACACAACCUAAGAAAUCAAGGAAACAUAAGUUGAUACUGGCUAUUGCCAUUUUUCUUUCUUUCUUAGCUCUGUUUCUACUUUUACUCCCAAUUAUCUGGAGAAGAAAUCUGAGGAAGAAACCUCAGCCUAUUCCUUCUUUAGGGCUCUUCUAUCCAAAAAUUUCUUACGAAGAGCUCCGAAACGCAACUGCUGGUUUCUUCCACUAAUGUGAUUGGUUCAGGGAGUCUUGGGAUUGUGUAUAAAGGAAUCCUUGGUCCAGAUGAACCAAGUGUUGCAAUAAAGGUACUCAACCUUCAGCAGAGAGAAUCAUCCGAAAGCUUUAUGGCCGAAUGCGAAGCCUUGAGAAACUUAAGGCAUCGAAACCUUGUAAAAGUUUUAACUGCUUGCUCAUCUAUUGAUUUUGGGGGGAACGAUUUCAAAGCUUUAGUAUACCAGUUUAUGCCAAAUGGGAGCUUGGAGAAGUGGCUGCAUCCAGAAGAUGGAAUGACUUAAAAUAGAAGCUUAAACUUUCUCCAGAGGAUAAACAUCGCAAUCCACGUGGCUUCUGCGUUGCAUUAUGUUCACCAUCAGUGCCAAACUCCCGUUGUUCAUUGUGAUCUAAAGCCAAGCAAUGUUCUUCUUGAUGAUGAUCUGACCGCUCACCUGAGUGAUUUCGGUUUGGCAAGCUAGGCUUCUUAAAAAGUUCAACAAAGAUGCUAACUUCAAUCAGUUCAGCUCACUUGGCAUGAAAGGGACGAUUGGAUAUGCUGCUCCAGAAUAUGGAAUGGGUGGUAUGGUUUCGUCUCAAGGAGAUGUGUACAGCUAUGGAAUUCUCUUGUUGGAAAUGUUCACCGGUAGGAGACCGACUGAUGACCAAUUCAAAGACAAUUGUAACCUUCACAAUUUCGUCGCACUCUCAUUGCCAGAUCAGGUAAUGGGGAUUGUGGACCAAGCUGCUCUGCACCAUCAAGUAGUAGGAGAAGCUACAGGUAGUACUUCAUUUUGGAGUGGCCUGAGAAGUGAACAGGCUGAGUGUUUGGUUUCUGUUUUUCAAAUAGGAGUUAGAUGUUCAGCAGAAUUUCCACACGACAGAAUGAACAUGGAGCAAGUUUUGAAGGAACUGCUUUCAGUAAGGGACAAUUUCGUGGAAGUGUGCCUCAAUAAGGUUUUAAAGUUCCAAUGGAUCUAUACUGUAUCAUGUGUGUUG